ACACCGGCUCCCACACCACCACCAAGAGCCUUCGAUCUUGUCAUAGUGCUGGAUUCAUCAGUAACACCAGAGACAUUCGAAUGGAUCCGCAAUUACGCCAAGAUGGUUGCAGGUCGACUCAGCAUAGACAACGAAAAAUUCCGAGUCGGUCUCCUCAGGUAUAGUACUGACCAAGCAGUGCAAAACCAACUGGAUGAUUACUUGACCAGAGACGGAGUUGUGGCUGCUAUUGACAAUGUCCGGUACCAGGCAGGCGAAACUAACACUGCAGAUGCCCUGGAGUAUGUUAGGACCCGGAUGUUUAGACCCAACAAUGGAGACAGAGACUUUGCUAGGAACUAUAUUCUUUUGAUCACCGGAAAUGACGAAAGCACAGACAGGUAUGAGGCGUUUCGGGCAGCAGAGAGAAACGAAGAUGACGGAACCUACCU